GAAUCAGAAGUAAAGGCAUUAAUUAACUUUGUUGCCAAAAGCCUCAAGAUACACAUAGAAUAUCUGAUAGCGGAUUCUAGAGGAGAAAAUCCAGAUUACACAUCCAUGGUAUUAAAUCAUGUAAAAGAAUUAGAUUAUAUUACAAUUAUUCUUACAUUUCUAGCAGCAAGCCAUUUUCAGUAUGCUAACCAACUAGAACUUAAAGAAGAAUGA